AUAUCAUUUAAAAGACAAUUCAAAGCUGUCCACACUGAAGGGUCUAUGGACAAAUGGUUCGGAGAGAAACGUCUAUGGCUGUUUGGUAAUCAUCUUCCACUUCUGCCCAGAAGACCACAAGGUAGCAGCAAAAUGGAUCGUUAUGAGAAGCUCAGUCGCCUGGGCGAGGGCUCCUACGGUGUUGUCUACAAAUGUCGAGAUCGGGAAACGGGCGCACUUGUCGCCGUCAAAAGAUUUGUCGAGUCUGAAGACGAUCCAGCCAUACGGAAAAUAGCAUUGCGAGAGAUAAGGCUGCUAAAGUUGGAAGUGUUUCGCCGCAAGCGUCGCCUGCACUUGGUCUUUGAGUUCUGUGAGCUGACCGUGCUGCACGAGCUGGAACGGCAUCCGCAGGGCUGUCCGGAGCCGCUGACCAAACAGAUCUGCUAUCAGACACUGUUGGGCGUGGCGUAUUGCCAUAAACAGGGCUGUCUGCAUCGCGACAUCAAGCCCGAGAACAUACUGCUGACGGCCCAGGGUCAGGUGAAGCUGUGCGACUUUGGCUUUGCCCGCAUGCUCAGUCCGGGCGAGAAUUAUACGGAUUAUGUGGCGACGCGCUGGUAUCGAGCACCCGAGCUGCUCGUGGGCGACACGCAGUAUGGGACGCCCGUGGAUGUGUGGGCGAUUGGCUGCCUGUUCGCGGAGCUGGUGCGCGGCGAGGCACUGUGGCCGGGGCGCAGCGAUGUGGAUCAGCUGUAUUUGAUACGCAAAACCUUGGGGGAUUUGCUGCCGCGCCACAUACAGAUAUUUGGACAGAAUGAAUACUUUAAGGGCAUAACGCUGCCCGUGCCGCCCACGCUGGAGCCGCUCGAGGAUAAAAUGCCAGCGAAGGCGCUGCAAAAUCCGCUCACCAUCGAUGUGCUCAAGAAGUGCCUGGACAAGGACCCAGCCAAGCGCUGGUCCUGCGAGAAACUGAUUAAGCACUCCUACUUCGACGACUACACGGCCAAGCAGCGCGAACUGGAUCACAUCAACAGCCUCGAGGCGGCCACACUCCGGCAGCAGCAGCUCGCCUCCCAGCAAUUCAUGCUGGCCACCGCCGCCCAGCAGAUGCAGACGGGCGCGGCUCAGGCAGCGGCCAUCGCAGCGGCGCGUGAUAAAUCAAAGACUUCAAACACCUCGUUGCCGCUACUGCCGAGCAACCAGCAUCAUCACCACCAUCAUACGCAUCAGGACUUUGUGAAGCUGCAGCCGCUGAACAAGAAUGCGGCCAUGCUGCAUCGCACCGAACACCAUCUGCCCACCAUCUGAGCUGCACUGAACUCGACUACUUUGAUCUUUCGACUCGAC